AUGGUUCAUUUGAUUGUGCAUUUGGUGGAAGAUGCGAAGAUUGGAGCACCUGUCCAAUAUAGGUGGAUGUAUCCCAUUAAGAGAUAUUUGGGAAAAUUGAAGUCUUAUGUGCGUAACAAGGCUCAACAAGAAGGCUCAAUAGCUGAAGGCUGUCUAGCUAAAGAGUCCUUAACCUUUUGUUCUAGAUAUUUAGAUGGAAUUGAGACUAUAUUUAAUCGAAUAAGGCGUGUUGAUGACGAACUCGACACCAUGGCAUCUAGUGUAAGUGAAUUCCUAAUGAUGAAGAAAAUAUACAUGAAGAAGACUAAUGACAAAGUUUCAGCCCCUACCCAAAAUAGAAGUGGCCAACCAUCGUCUAUAAUGUGUCCACCUGCGCCUCAUCCAUCUUGCCCAACACGUCACAUGAAUUCCCAUCCUAUAGAGAAUAAUAAUGAGCAACCUCCACCCCCACCUCACAUGAAUUCAAUGCUUUCAACAUCUAAAUCUAAAUGUUUGAAGAAGAGGUUGUUCUCCACUACCAAGACCAAUUCCGCGCAUGAAUUUGAAUUUGAAUUUAAUAAUCAACCUAGAAAUGAGUUUGUGCAUGAUUCUACAUCUGAAUCAACACCAAGGUUACACUCUGAUAGUGAAGGGGCAGAAAAUGUGGAUAUUGAGAUGCAAAGUAAUCAAUCAAAGCAUGUAUCACGUAAAAGGUCACGGCUUGUUGAUGUCAUUGAUGAUGAAGGCACACAAGUUAGAAAACAAUUAACAUUGAAUGAUGUUUGGUUUUUAUCUCCCAAUGAAAGGAUUCUUGUGAAAUGGAAUAGUGACAACCAACUAAUUGAUGAUAGUGGACCAUUGUUGAAUAGGUUUUUAAGUCGUGUUGCAAGAAAUGUUAAUGCCUUUCCAAUCAACUAUCAAAGUUGGAGGAAGAUUCCCAAUGAUUACAAAGAAGAUAUACUUAAGAAAAUCAUUCAAGCUAAGUUUCUAGUGGAAUCUAAUGCUCAUGUGACAUAUAUCUUGAAAUCACUUAACAUAAAAUGGAGUGAGUAUAGACAACAACUAUGGCAACAAAGAGAUGAUGGAACACGUAAUACAGAUGAAAUCAUUACAAUGUGUCCAGAAGGAAUGAAUAGAGACCAAUGGGCUUCUUUUGUUGACUACCGUUUAAAUUCAAGGACAAAGGAGCAAGAGCUUAGUCGCAAAGUUAGUAGGGGAGAAGUUUGGAUAGCAACACACAAACAUGCUAAUGAGCAAUUUGUGAAUGAUGGAGCAAGAGAGAUUGGAGAAAAAAUUAAAGCAUAUGAGACAAAUACAUCUUCCCUUUCACAAGAUAUAUCAAUUGAAGAUUCACUAGCUCAUGUUUUGGGAAGUAAAGAACAUUGUGGUCGUGUCCGAGGAAUGGGAUUGGGACCUUGCCCUUCUCGUGUGUUUGGAUAUACUACGAAUUUUCAUUUUGGGACAUCCUUAUCUUGUCCUUCUUAUUCAGAAUUGCAAAAUCAAGUUAUUGAACAUUCAUUUUCAUGUGUAGCAAUAUGAUGUUGUUUGCUUUGGAUUGUCAUGCCAAGGUUGUAAAUGUUGUUGUGUU